AAUUUAUUUGUAUAUAAAUACCUAUUUUAAAGCAGUUGAAAUGUGGAGAAAAUAUGUGUUGGCUUACAAAGCAAAAAAUGUAUGCCUCGGUUGCACUCGUCGGGUCAAUAUGGUGCGGUCGUUGCCGUCCAAGUUGCAUAUGCUAAUUGUGUACAAAAUUUUGCAUAAAUAUUUAUACGGUGGAUAUGCCUGCGUUUAUAAUUGGAGUAUUUUAUUAACAUAGUUUUGUGAAAAGAAAAUUCCAAAUUUGUUUUAUAUAAUAUACAUAUAUGCGCAUACGUGUGUAUAUAUAAGUGUUCACGAUAAAAAGGGAAUGUGCAUGGUGUAGCCAACAUGUUUGUAGUGUCAUGGAUGACACGAACAACAGAGCUUUAGUGAUGUGGCAGUUGCUGUAUUAUAGACGGUUUCGGUGUUUUAGACGCGAUAUAUACGUAAAAAAGCUAUUGGGCUGCACGAAAACGGACAAUAUUUUUUCUUGAGCCAAAUUGCGUACGUGACGGUAAAAUGCAAUUGACACAGACAUUUUAAGCGUGAGUAGCCGGUGGAUUUUUAUUAUGCGUGCCUCAUAUGUAUGCGGUUGCGGCGUUCGUGAGGUAUUCGUUACAUGAUCGAUAUAAAAUGCGGUACUCGUAGAUAUCGGUGUUUAUCGUUCGCACAGCAACUGCUGUCUAGCAGCUGCCUUUGAUUUGAUACGCCCAUUCUAACCUCUGUUUUCUAAUAAAGAAAAUAUUUAAAUCACAUUGCUACUAAAAAAAAGUGUUAAUAAAAUUAUUAAAAUAUCCAUUAUUCCGCAUUUUGUUGUUUUCCUAAGUUAAGUUUGCAUACCUUGCUUCUACCCACUAAUCAGUUUUAGAAAAAAUCAAAAGUUAUAACAAAAAUACAUACAUAUUUGCAUUGCUUGUUUAAAGUGCUGUUCACUCAUGUUUUAUUAAAAUGUUUCUUGCAGCUUUUUUGUGUAAGUGCUUAAGUGCGCGUUCUAUCCUAAAGCGUUACAGCUUAAUUUAGUUGGCACAUAAGCCAACAUCGGUUUGCGCGCGAGUAUUAAACGUAGUAACGUCGUCGAAAGUACACAACUUAGACGCUCGGCAUAUAUACAAAAUACGAAUCUUGGCGCUUGUCUCGUAGCAAUUAUUGAUUAUCACUUGUCCGACUCUGUAAAAUCGCUUGAAUUUAACAUCUUUCACCAUGUCGACGUCGCGCAGACGUGGCGAAUUAAAUCCGAAACUCCAUAUGGAUAGACAGCCGACAGUUGCACGUAUAACAGAUCCUUCAUUACCUGCCGGCAAACGUCGUGAGAUCGAUAACGUUAUGAAAAAGGCACGCGCUAACACCAACGAUUACUGGGAUAAAAAAUUGCUUGAGGUGGAGGAAAAAGAUCCAAAUCGCUGGCGUCAUACAGGCUAUAAGAAAAUGUAUAUACAAGGUGACAGCAGUUCUGGUGAAAGUGAACGUGAAGGCGGUUUUCGUUAUAAUUCCGCAGCAGGCGGUCCUGCUGGUGGACCUGUUGGUGGCCCGCCACCAAAUAAUGUUCGUUAUGGUCGCUCACGUUCACCGCGUUCGCGUAGUCGCUCGCGUUUGCGUAAAUCGCCACCUAUGUCGCCGCAUAUGCGUCGCCGUUCGCCACCAAUGGAUAUGGGUGGACGUCGUAUGUCUCCACCCAUGGACGGUAUGCGCGGUCGUCCGCGUUCGCCACCACCACGUGGUGGUGUACCGCCGCGUUCGCCUUCUGAUAUGGGUCGCGGUCGUAUGCCCUUGCUGGGCAGUGCUGGUGGUGGUAAUAAUCGUCCGCGUUCACCACCCGAACCGCCAAUGCGUCGUAAACCGUCGCGAUCGCCACUAGGUAGGCGGCGCUCACCACCUAGCAUGAGUCGCCGGCGUUCACCACCACCUGUUGGACCCAAUAAAAGGGGACAAAUAUUGCCGCGUUCAAAGCGCCCACCAUCGCCUCCACCGCGGAAUUCGUGUCGCUCGCGUUCGAAUAGUUCGGUUAGUAGCUGCUCGGAUGAUUCUUGUUCGGUUUGCUCGCCCAAACAUCACAAUAGAUCACGCUCUCAAUCUAUACCACGUGCGCGUAUACCAGGUGGUCCGCGUUCUCCGCCGCCAAAAGCAUCGUCGCGUUCGCUGCAAUAUCGUGGUGGACAACCACCACCGAACGGUCACACUUCGUCACGUAUGCAUGCGCGCCCGUCGUCACCACCACCACAACCAAACGCGCGUUCCGUUGAUAAAUAUCGUGAUGACAAGGUUCGUCGGUAUAGUCAUGACCGCAGCAUGGAUCGCGUGCCAACAGAUGGGCGCCUGAAACUUGUCCGUACGGGUCGGCAUUCACCGAAUGAAGAUCUGCGCGUAAAGAAUCGUCCCCCAGAGCCACCAGAGCCAGCUACGACUUCUUCAUCAGCAACAGUUGCUGUCUCCAAGAAAAAGAAGAAGGAUAGAGAACUACGUACACGCAUUAAAAUUGAAGGUGAAAAACGUAAGAAGCACUCAUCGUCAGAAUCCGAAGAUUCUGGUGGCUCGGAUAGUGAUAGCUCAUUGCCGACAUUUAUUGCCGCCACCGGUUUGACGCUAUCCGAACGUUUUGGCAAAAUGGCACAAUGGAGUAUUGAUCGUAGCAAUAUGGAAAAUAUGCGCAUAACCAAAGACUCUACCGGUGGAGCUUUGAAAGUUAUGAUCGAAGAGGGUCUCGAGUCGCCACCGCGUCGUUACUCGUAUUCACCAGCUCCGGCUGGGCACUUUCCGGAAGAACUUGCGACCACAGCACCGUCGGGUAUGCUGUCGUGGGAUGAUGUACGCGUACGUUACGAGUACUACAAGAGUCGUGGCUAUCUGCGCGAUCUAGAUUUGAAGGAUUAUAUAAAAUGGGAGGAAUGGUGGUAUAAAUAUCAAGAAUGGUUGAAACAAGAACGCUAUUAUGAAUAUUGGGAACGUCAACAAAUGGCGCGUCGUCGACGUAAGAAGCUACCCAUUACGCAGCGUCUAAAUUAGGUACUGACCCCUUUCUUGUAUUCAUUCGUUUCAUCGCAGAUUAAGAAGUUGUUUUAGAACUUGUAACUUGCACACGAUUGCGCUAAAUGAAAGCGAAAAAAGCAUCAACAUUUGCCACCUACGGUUGUAAGUUGCUUGAUGUAGUGUUGCUUUUCAUUGUUGUGUGAACUGCGUUUAAAAUUUCCCCCAUUCUUACAUUUGUUCUACAUUUAAAAUGUAUAAAAAAAUUAAUUAAUAAAAUAUAUAUUCGUAAGUUAUUUAUAGAAAUUAUAUACAUACGAAGCAAGCAACUCACGGUUUUAGUCUCAAGUUUUGCCGGAGUUGCGGCUUUCAAAAAAAAAAAAUUAUUAUGUAUUAGACUUUAUAUUAUAAACAGUGUAAUAUUAAUUUAAAUAAAUGAUUGGAUAAAAAUUAA